GGCUCUCUACACGUACGAGGAUGGCUCUGAUGACCUGAAGCGCAGUGCUGCACCAGGUGGAGGUUUGUUGGAGCUCUCUGGCCACUUUGAGAUCCAGAAGGUGAUGUAUGGCUUCUGCAGUGUCAAGGACCCCCAGGCCGUGCUCCCCAAAUAUGUCCUCGUCAACUGGGUGGGUGAGGACGUGCCGGAUGCCCGCAAAUGUGCCUGUGCCAGCCACGUGGCCAAAAUCGCCGAGUUCUUCCAGGGCGUGGAUGUCAUUGUCAAUGCCAGCAGUGUGGAGGACAUCGACCCGGGGGCCAUCGGGCAGCGGCUGUGCAACGGGCCCGGCCGGCGCCCCACCCCUGCGGCUGCGGGAGGAUGA